UCUGGGAUGGACACCUAUGUUCAGCUUAGAAGAUGCAAGGCUGUUUUCCAGCUGCUCCUGCGAGUCUGCUUGCUCUGAGCACUGCAGUGGCUAUACAGAAUGCAGCACGGAGGAGGGAGAAUGCCGUUCAGCCAUACACAGAAGAAUUAAGAGCUGUUGCCCAGCUUUUUUCCCCCUUGGUGGUGGGCUGUGAGAUUCUGGGUUAAUAAUGCUUGUAAGCCAGAGGUGAAAGUGGCUCAGCAGAGCAACAUCGGGAAAUCUGGCAGACUGGAAGAGAACAGCUGCCCCCAAGGGCAGCUGCGAAGUGUGAAGCAUGGAGGAAAGUAAGAAUGAGAAGGUGAACCAGGCUCAUGUUCUCUUUGACAGAUUUGUCCAGGCUUCAACCUGCAAGGGGACUCUCAAGGCUUUCCAAGAGCUCUGUGACUACUUAGAACUAAAGCCCAAGGACUAUCGUUCUUUCUAUCACAAACUUAAGUCCAAGCUAAAUUACUGGAAAGCCAAAGCCUUGUGGGCCAAAUUGGAUAAAAGAGGCAGCCAUAAGGACUAUAAGAAGGGGAAAGCAUGCGCCAACACGAAGUGUCUGAUAAUUGGGGCUGGACCCUGUGGCCUUCGUACAGCUAUCGACCUGUCAUUCCUAGGAGCCAAGGUGGUGGUCAUAGAAAAGAGGGAUGCCUUUUCCCGCAAUAAUGUGCUGCAUUUGUGGCCAUUCACCAUACAUGACUUGAGGGGUCUUGGCGCCAAAAAGUUUUACGGCAAAUUCUGUGCGGGAUCUAUAGACCAUAUCAGUAUCCGUCAGCUCCAGCUUAUCCUUUUGAAGGUUGCCUUGAUCUUGGGAAUAGAGAUCCAUGUCAAUGUGGAAUUUCAGGGGCUUGUUUACCCUCCGGAGGAUCAGGAGAAUGAAAGAAUAGGUUGGCGUGCAUUGGUCCACCCAAAAACCCAUCCAGUAUCUGAGUAUGAGUUUGAAGUAAUCAUUGGAGGGGAUGGCAGGAGGAACACAUUAGAAGGGUUUCGCCGAAAAGAGUUCCGUGGUAAACUAGCAAUUGCUAUCACAGCAAACUUCAUCAAUCGCAACACCACAGCUGAAGCCAAAGUAGAAGAGAUCAGCGGUGUGGCCUUCAUAUUCAACCAGAAGUUCUUCCAGGAUCUACGAGAAGCCACAGGUAUUGACUUGGAGAACAUUGUCUACUACAAAGACGAUACACACUACUUUGUCAUGACUGCCAAAAAACAGAGCUUGCUGGAAAAAGGAGUGAUACGGCAUGAUUACGCUGACACAGAGUUACUACUCUCACGGGAGAAUGUGGACCAGGAUGCUCUGCUAAACUAUGCCAGAGAAGCAGCUGACUUCUCCACUAAUCAGCAGCUGCCAUCGCUGGACUUUGCCAUCAAUCACUAUGGCCAGCCAGAUGUGGCCAUGUUUGACUUCACGUGCAUGUAUGCAUCGGAGAACGCAGCCCUGGUGCGAGAGCAGAAUGGCCACCAGUUACUUGUGGCACUGGUUGGGGACAGCCUUUUAGAGCCAUUUUGGCCAAUGGGAACUGGAAUAGCCAGGGGAUUUUUGGCUGCAAUGGACUCUGCUUGGAUGGUACGAAGUUGGUCACUCGGAGCCAGUCCUUUGGAAGUUCUUGCAGAGAGGGAAAGCAUUUAUAGGCUACUGCCUCAGACCACUCCUGAGAAUGUGAGUAAAAACUUCAGCCAUUACAGCAUUGAUCCCGCCACCCGGUAUCCCAAUAUCAACGUCAACUUCUUGCGGCCACAGCAGGUACGCCACUUGUAUAAUACAGGAGACUUGAAAGACAUUCACCUGGAAAUAGAGAACUUUGUGAACUCCAGGACACCAAAGCUGACUCGGAAUGAGUCUGUAGCUCGCUCUAGUAAAUUGCUCAGUUGGUGCCAGAGACAGACUGAUGGAUAUGCUGGUGUAAAUGUGACAGAUCUCACGAUGUCAUGGAAAAGUGGCCUAGCUUUGUGUGCCAUUAUCCACAGAUACCGUCCAGACUUAAUAGACUUUGAUUCUUUGGAUGAGCACAAUGUGGAGAAGAAUAACCAGCUGGCCUUUGACAUCGCUGAAAAAGAGUUUGGAAUAUCUCCCAUUAUGACUGGAAAGGAAAUGGCAUCUGUCGGAGAGCCAGAUAAAUUGUCGAUGGUGAUGUACCUUACACAGUUCUAUGAGAUGUUCAAAGACACCAUCCCCUCUAGCGAUAGUCUGGACCUGAAUGCAGAAGAAAAAGCUGCCCUAAUUGCCAGUACCAAAUCGCCCAUCUCUUUUCUCAGUAAACUGGGACAAAGCAUCUCUCGGAAACGCACUCCAAAGGACAAAAAAGAAAAGGAACUGGAAGGUGCAGGAAAGAGGAGAAAAACCAGCCAGUCUGAGGAUGAGGACAUCCCGCGAAGCUACAGAGAAGAAAGGCCCACGCUGGUGAGCGCCCUAACAGAGAGAAGAAUUGAUGCUGCCAUUGGGAAUCAGAACAAAGUCAAGUCUAUGGCAACCCAGCUACUGGCCAAGUUUGAGGAGAACGCACCAGCGCAGUCCUCAAGCUUACGAAGACAGCAACCUGCCCUGCCUUAUCAAGAACGUGUUCACAACCAACCAUCCAGCAGACGAGAGCAGGGCCGUCUUGCUCCCAUACCCCAGUGGAAACAGCUGAGGAAUAAGGAACGUUCUCGGACCUGCCCCAAAAAAGUGAUCAUGCUCUCUUCUUCCACUCCACCUUCCUCUCCACCGUAUCCCAGGCAGCAGAGAAACAGGGAACCUGGUGCCGACUAUCCCGGGGAGCAGAGUCCCAGACAGGAAAGGAGAUCUCCUCGUUUAUUUUCUGAUGACCCAGUGCCUGAGAAUGUUGAGCAGAGGGCAUGUCAGCUGGCUGCCCUCCGGGAGUCCAGACCUGCAGUGAGGCAUCAGCCUGAGACUGAACCGUCUCGACGAUUCUUUGUUGACCAGUGGGAGCUCUCCCUUAGCCUCCGUUCUUCUAACCGCCCUUCUUCACCUUCAUCUGACUCUCUUCGACAGAAGUAUAUAAAGAUGUACACAGGCGGAGUGAGCUCAUUGGCUGAGCAGAUAGCCAAUCAGCUUCAAAGGAAAGAGCAACCCAAAACCCUUCUAGACAAGAAGGAACUGGGCUCACUCAAAAAGGAGUUCCCCCAAAACCUGGGAGGCAGUGAUGUCUGUUACUUCUGCCGCAAGCGAGUCUAUGUGAUGGAAAGGCUGAGUGCUGAAGGCAAGUUCUUCCACCGCAGUUGCUUCAAGUGUGAAUACUGUGCGACGACUCUGCGCUUGUCAUCUUACGCCUAUGAUAUUGAAGACGGUAAAUUCUACUGUAAGCCUCACUACUGUUACCGACUCUCUGGUUAUGCUCAAAGGAAGAGGCCAGCAGUGGGUCCUCUGUCAGGAAAGGACAGCAAAGGACCUCUGCAGGACACCAUGGCAAGUGAUGGAACCGGACGAGCAAAUACCAUCUCCACCUCAGCAGAGAGAGCCCCAGGUUCUAAUGUAAAUGGGCUGGAAGAGCCCAGCCUUGCAAAGCGGCUGCGUGGGACGCCUGAGCGGAUUGAGCUGGAGAACUACCGACUGUCACUGCAGCGGGAAGAAGAACUGGAAGAGGUUCCUGAAGAGACGCUAGCAGAGCAUAACCUGAGCAGUGUGUUGGACAAAGGAACAGAAGAGGAUGUGCCCAGCAGUAGUUCAGAGUCUGAGAUGGAGGAGGAGGAUGAGGAGGAAGAAGAUGACCUACUGCUGCCUCAGCAGCCCCCUUCAGACUUGGGUGGUGUGCCGUGGAAAGAGGCUGUGCGUAUCCAUGCCCUCCUGAAGGGAAAGAGUGAAGAAGAGAUUGAGGCUGAGGAAAAUCAUGAGAUUGAGGACAAAGAAGACGAGGAGGACGAGGAUGAAGAUGAAGACGAAGAAGAGGAAGACGAGGAGUCGAGUGAAGAGGGGGAGUAUUGCCCUUGGGAGAGAGAGCUGCAGCAAGGCCUCUGGCUUCAACGUCUCUCAAAUGAAGAGGACACGGGUACAUUUAAAGCUGGAAACCUUAGACUGCAGCAGAUUGUAAAUCCGGUUGAUCCUCUGGAGAUCCUGGCAGAUGUGCACUGGACACACAUCCGUGAAAAAGAGGAGGAGGAAAAAAUGGUCCCAACCUCAAAGUCCUCCACCUCCAGAGCAUCCGACCUUCCUUCCGUACGCCAUGAGGCGGUACAGGCGUGGCUGGAGACGGUCCCUGGAGCUCCAUGGGAGGAUAAUGAUGUGGAGGACGAGCUGGGCACAGAGCCUGCAGACACAGAAGGGCAGGCAGGUGAAGAGGGAGACACGGGUGCAGAGCUGGAUGACGAUGACAUUCCAUCUGAUGCAGAAGCGGAGUUCCGCUUACAUCAAGGUGGCUUAGAAGAGCCAGGACUAAAAGUCUCUGAAGAUGAAGAAGAUGAAGAAGGAGCAGAAGGUGUUUCUAGCAGUGUGACAGAAGAUCUGUGCAAGCCAUCCAUCCCUAUCCAGUCAUCUAGCGACAGUGUUCUUCCUCUGUCUCCAGCUGAUAGUCCCAAAGCAAAACAAGCAGAGGAUGUAAAAGAUCCCCUGGCUGAAGUAUCCCGUGCAAUGAAAUCUCCAGAGGCACGCUUUUUUGCUGAGCCUUUCAUUCUUGAGGAAGGACCAAAGGAUGAAAUUCCCAAAGACAGGAAAGUUAAGAGCCCUGUGGUGCCACCAUCUCCAGUCUUAUCCCAGCCAGUUGCAUCACCUGAAGCCAUUGCACCUACAUCACUAACAGAGUCUCAGCCAGCAGCACCAACGUUGGCUUCAUCCCCAACAUCUGCUCAAAUGCCUAUCUGUUCCCAGCCUUUGCCUUCUGCCGAAACAUCCAUUCCAUCCCCAGUGGAGCCUCCAGUAUGUUUCCAACCUGGCCCAGCCUUAACAUCUACUCCUUUAGCCAAACUGGUCCUUAGGGGCCAGGGUAGUGAGGUGGAAAAACUGGGGAGCCCUACUACUGCAGAAGAAGCCCUGAAACGGAGUAACCUUGUAGAAGAGUUCUGGAUGAAGAGUGCUGAAAUCCGGAGGAGCUUAGGGCUUACCCCAGUAGACAGAAACAAACGCUCAGAGACGAACUUUACUGUAUCUGCCCUUGAGACAACUCCUCUGAAGACUUUCAAUAGUGAGAAUAUUUCAGGGGAUGAAAGGAUCCAUCUUGUGAAACCCCAGCCUGCCCCAAGAAGACAGGGACUGUCCAAGUUAGAAAACGAGCAGAUUUCUCUGCUCACUCCAAAAUCUCCAUCAGAAAAAGAGCUAAAGAGUUCCAGUGAAGUAAGGAGAGACGUAUCCAGCAGUUCUGGACUUGGCCUUCAGGAGAGCUCAUCUAACAUGAGAACUAUGGCUAGCCAGAGCUUCAACACUUCUGACUCUACCAUGCUUACUCCUCCAUCGAGUCCACCACCACCACCUCCUCAGGGUGAAGAACCAGCUACUUUGCGAAGAAAGAGGCAUCAAGCAGUCUGGCAGAAUGAGGUUGAAGCCAGGUCACCUCCAACACCAGCAUCAACACCUCCUGCUCCCCCACGCCGUGAGCCGACCUCUGCUGCCAAAGAGUCAACCCAGGCCAAAAAAGAUGAUGUGCGGAAGUCUUUUGCGGAGAGUGUGGAUGAGAUUCCAUUUGCUGAUGAUGUAGAAGACACAUAUGAUGACAGGACAGAGGACUCAAGCCUUCAUGAGAAGUUCUUUACACCUCCUACCAGUAGGCCAAGGCCAGAGAAACCACUUCUUUUGCCCUUGGUCAAAGAAAAUGGUGGUCCACCCUCAAUGGAAGGAGGGGUUAAUCAAAAGAAGAGAGUGUUGCCUGAAAUUUCUGUGGAGGCCAAGGAGCUUGCUGAAGAAAGAAUGAGAGCCAGAGAGAAGUCUGUCAAGAGCCAAGCACUGCGUGAUGCCAUGGCUAAACAGUUGUGUAAGAUGAAAGAUAUGGAGAUGGCUGCAGCUGCUGCUGCUGGGGCCACAAGGCCACGAAAGGCAUCUUCUAUGCCCUUGAAGACCAAAGAGUUGUUUUAUGACUCUCCAAAGCAUCUGGCCUUGAAAAUAGCAGAGGGAUCCACAAGAAAACAUGAUGCUGCUAGUGAGAAGUUCUCCACUCCUGCUGCUGAUGUGGCUGGACCUGAAGGGUCUGUCACCUCUUCAGAAGGCUCCAGUGGGAAGAGUAAGAAAAGAACUUCUCUUUUCUCCCCUCGUAAGAACAAAAAGGAGAAGAAAUCCAAAAAUGACAGCAGACUUUCCGACAAAUCUAGUGGUGGGGCAGAGGAAGCAACAAAGCCUAGGUCAUUAUGGAAGUCUGUUUUCUCUGGGUAUAAGAAAGACAAGAAGAAAAAGACUGACGACAAAUCCUGCCCAAGUACUCCCUCGAGUAGUGCCACUGUGGAUUCUGGCAAGCACAAAGCUUCUCCGUUGGUUACAGCUGCAGAGCUGCAGCUCCGUCAACACCUGAGUUUCUCAGAGGACUCCGACCUCUCCAGUGAUGAUAUUUUGGAACGCUCCUCCCAGAAAUCCAAGCGAGAGAGAGCCUAUACAGAAGAGGAACUGAAUGCCAAGCUGACACGGCGAGUGCAGAAAGCUGCCCGUAGACAAGCCAAGCAAGAGGAGCUAAAGAGGUUACACAGAGCUCAGAUCAUCCAGCGGCAACUUGAGCAAGUGGAAGAGAAGCAGAGGCAACUCGAAGAGAGAGGGGUUGCGGUGGAGAAGGCUCUUCGGGGAGAAGCAGGUAUGGGUAAGAAGGAUGAUCCCAAGCUGAUGCAGGAGUGGUUCAAGCUGGUGCAGGAGAAGAAUGCCUUGGUUCGCUACGAGUCGGAACUGAUGAUAUUCGCUCGGGAGCUAGAACUGGAAGACCGGCAGAGUCGAUUACAGCAGGAACUCCGGGAGAGGAUGGCAGUAGAAGAUCAUCUGAAGACGGAUGAGGAGCUCUCAGAGGAGAAGAGGAUCCUCAAUGAGAUGCUAGAAGUAGUGGAGCAGAGAGAUUCUCUCGUGGCUCUCCUUGAGGAGCAACGGCUUCGAGAAAAAGAAGAAGACAAGGACCUGGAGGCAGUCAUGCUUUCCAAAGGUUUUAGCUUGAACUGGUCCUGAGCUUAACACAUUUACCUCUGCUGGUCUGUGUUGUCCAGUUGGCCUACCCUGAGUUCGCCAGAAUUACAUGGAUAGGAAGAUGUUGAAGGGGAAACCUCCGAAGGGUCCGACAGCAUGCAGGGAUUUGGUUUGAAGCACUCAGAAGCCUUUUGAUAAGCGUGUUGGUUCCAGAAGCUUAAGUUUUACAUGUCUGCAAGCCAAGUUGAAGAUAAUGAGACUGUGGAGUCUCCUUGAGGUCCUAUACAAUGGACCCUAUUUUUGUGUGUGUGGUAGGAAGGAGAGGAAUAAUCCAUGUGUGGGGAAGGAGGUUAAGGGAAGAAGUACCCUUAACAAAACUAGAUUUAUGGCAGUCCAUUCCUUUCCCGUUUUUACUACACCAGUUCUAAUAACAGGGAGGGAAGUGGCAACCCUCCCUGGAAAACCACAGCAGCCUGUAGCAGCCUGUAUGGUGGAGUCAGCUGUCCGAGAGAGCUCCAGAAGCCCAGGGCAACACCUUCUUUGCUUUAGUCUUCCUCCCCACCAAAGAAACCUGCAGUUGAUCGUUAUGCAUGGAUAUGAAGACAUAUGAGACAGAGAAGAUACUACUAGUAUGUGUGAUGGAACUCUCUGCCUCCUGGUUCUUAGAGAGAUGUGGGCAUCAGUGGACUCUCUCCUUGUCAUAGCCUCCUAAACCUUCUUGCGGGGAAAAAAGGGGAGAAGAAGAGAGAGAGAAGAUGCCCUUCUGCUUUGCUAUACACUGGAGAGACAGCUACUGCUGGCCUUAGUCUUCACGGCCACAGCUCAGAGGCUGGUGGGCUUCUUUGUUCUGUUUUUGUUGUCACUGUUUUGACACUGGAAAAUACUGACUGUGGGGCAGCGGUGAGUGUGUGCUGAGGAAGGGGUGUUACCAGGCAGCAUUCCUUGGCUGUUAGGCCCCUUUUAAGGGAGAGGCCCUUAAGUGACUGACCCACCAUUAAGACUUUUCAGUGUUUUUAUUUUUUUUCUCUGUAUUUUGUUUUUGCACAUUGGAAAACGAAGCUUAAGACCUGCCUGGGCCCUCAGUCACUUUGACCCUUUUAUGUCAAUUAACUUAUUUUUUUAAUACUUGAAAGAAGAUUCAUUUUUGUAUCUUUUAGGAAAAAAAUGGAUGAGUGAUGGGUGUGUGUGCCUGCUACAUCCUACAACUUCCACUUCUAAAUUACUGGACGUUGUUACCUGUGGCUAUUUAUUAGUGUUCUUAUUAAUAAUUUGAUUGUUACACUUACUUGAUUGUGGAGGGGGUGUUUUAACUCUAUUAGAGAAAGACACUGCUGCGGAUUGGUCCCUGCUUCACAGCAAGGGCAGCCUUUUUGGACCCACGGAUGCAUCCUGCCCUAGAAGUUUUCCUUUAGGACAAAAUCCUGCGCGCUCAUGGAGUUGUAAGCAUCUAUUUGUGUUCCUAGCAUACUUUUCUUCUGCAUCGCAGAUUCCCUCUGUUGGACUAAUAAACCUGUAAUUUAUUUACAUUUUACAUUUUUAUAACAAGAAAGCCAAAACUGUGAGGUAGAAGUAUCCCUUAUGUCUCUCUCUCACUGAAAGAGGGGACCCUCACACUCCUGAGAUACAGCUUAGAGGGACUUCGUGAAAACAAAAAUAGCACAUUUCCUGCCGCAUCUGUUGGAAGAAGCUCCUUAUGUCUCAGCCAGCGAAGCUGCUGCUUUUCAGCCAGGAGGGUACUCGUGGUAGUCAUCCGUUAAGCAACGAGCAGGACAUGCACCGAGCAAUUCAGCACCAGUCACUGUUUGACAGAUUCCCAGAGCACACUACAUCCUUAACCUGUCCCGCAGAGCUGAAAUAGCACUGUGCGUCGGGUAUGCGUCCCAUCCUUAACGAGAGGUAUUAAGAGUUUUUCUCCCCUUGGGAUGCUGACUGUGUUCUUUUCUUGUUAAAGAUGUACUAAGCCGGCUCCCUGAUGUCGUUGAGAAAGUGUCCCGUUCCCAAGCAUAUUCACACAGCGUACUGACCCUUUCAGCUUGAAUUUAGGAUGUAGGUGCAAGGUGCCCCCAAACAGGGCUGAACAUCCUUUAAUCUUUUGCCCCAGGACAGAAGUUAAUGUGGUUUCUUGCUGUUGGCGCUCUACCUCCUUCAAAGAGGUCUUCUGUGUAAGCCAGGGUCCACGAUCCAAAUUCACCUCUGACUCGGGAGCAUACAUCGGGCUGAGGAACAAUGGGUGGGACUGACUCCAGCAACCCUGAGCGGUGCUGGUUGUUAAUUGUGGAAACAUGUUUUUUCUGCCUCAAGCGUUCUCCCUUUAUCCCCCGUGGUGUUUACUGCUAAGGCCUUACAAAUUCAAUCCAGACGUUCAUGAAACCAAGCAGACAGGUGGCUGCAGUGCCACUUAGUAAUUGCAUGUUAGCGAGCGGUACCUGCUACACCAGCAUCACGGCGUGUUGGCGUACCAACAGGGUGUCCAACAAGCAGAGUUACCCCCGUAUGCCAGUGCAGGGGCCAGCUGCACAAGUCGAACUGGCAGCGGUAGUUUACAUAGUCUGCAUCUGAGGGGCCAGCGGAAGCUGGAGAGGAGGAGGGAAGAAAGAGGGAAGCCGGAAACGUAGUUUAUUGUCUUGUGCAGAGAAUUGGCCUCAGUCCAUUUUAUAGUGCACCAGGUAUGAGGACCACAUCUAAUUUUUAAAAGACGAUUGAAUGUGAGCUGUAAGAAGAGAAAAAAAUCCUGAAGAAGAAACACCAGUUUACUACUUGUCCCUUUCACGCUGGGGACGCUAGCCAGAUCUUUGCAAUGCCGAAGAGUGAUACUGCUUGAGGGCCUAAUGCCCCAUUGCAGGGGAAAACCACAUGUUCCAAAACUGAACUCUAGGUUAUGCUGAAGUCCUCCAGCAGUGAGAAUGAAGAGCUAACAUCGUACACACAAAUUAAUGAAAAAUACAUGAAAGGGAACGUUAAAAGGCCUUUUUUAUAUCAAAAUGGUUGGAAAAGGCACAACUUGUAUUUGCUGUUCAGUUGCACUUUAAGAAUAUGACUUGCAUAUCAGAUACUGGGUUUUUUUACUAUCUGAAUAUUUUUAUUCAAAUUUUAUAUUUUUAAAGCUGCAGAAGGCUCUUGUAACCACAAGAUCCCUUAUUUGUAUCAGAAUCCAAGUAGGAUGUUCUAGCUCUUUGUGCUGCCCACGUGGGCAGCAGCACGUGACUCAGCCGUGUGCAUUCAAUGACGUGUGUCCAUUUUGCAUGUGCGGGGAGCGAAAAGGCCCUCAGCUUCCCAGAAGUGGGCACGCAAGGGCAUCCAUCCCCACGUGACACGAUCCGUACCGGGGCUGGCCCUUUCUUCCCCACAGUAGGUAGGGGGAGAGCAGAGCCUGGAACCUACCUGUGUCCGUUUUGAAAAGGGCACGCUGAGGAUGGGGCAAGCGCUUCAGUCCCCUGCGGGGAAGGGAGGGGGAUACCACCUCAGGAGGCAAAUGGGGAUGGGGGAGCGAGGACUGCUGAAACAACUGAUCUGCUGUUUUCACAGUACAAUUUUUUUUUUUAAACUGUUCUGUUCCUUUUAAUCAUGUUUUCAUUAAAACUCACCAGUAAAAUCCUGAGCUUCAAAGAACUAUGCGUGGGGAGGUGACAUUUCAGCUCCAACUUCCAGACACGUUUUUUCUUUCAGUUAACCAACACCCCAUGGUCUCGCUAGGGCAUGUUACAAACUGUGUUGCUGAACACAUUUUAGAGCAAACCGCAAGUUUUAAAAGUCUGUCCUUCUCUCUAUCCGUCUCUGCAUUUGAUGUAAAUAUUUGUUCGUAUGUAAAGACACCAGUGGAUCCUUGGGUUACCCCCAUGGUCAAGAAUCUGAGUUUUGUGCAAUGCCUAGGCCUCUCUUAGAACACGGUGCUUGCAUAGAGCUAGUCACCACAUUUGUGUGCACUCUGGUGGUUUUUAAUAUUUUUAUACAUCCUAAUCCUGAACAUUAUGAAGUAUUAUAAGUGGUCUAGACUGCAUGAUCUAGAGCAGCCGGCAGUUCCAUUUUCUUAGCAGCUGUUCCUAAAACGCUCACAGCUACACCUUGUUUGGUUAACAUUCUUUUAAAAUGACUUUUCAGUUAAGCGUUUACACCAGACACCAGUGGAUGAGAAAGGUGUUGCAUUAUAAAAUCUCCUGUGUACAAACUGAAAAGCCACAGUAUGGCUUUAUGGGAAUUUCAGUCGUCACUUGUCUGCAAUAAAGAGAACUCUAAAGCGUACUAAAAACCAGCCUGUAUAUAGUUCACAGCGAAAGAGAUGGCUGGCUCUUGACCGUUGCAAAAUAACAGAGAUUAGAAGCUUUCCAGAAGUUCCCGCUUUUGGGUUGCUCAGAGUACUGCUAUAGGCAGGGUAGCCAGGCAGAGGAGGAUGUCACUGAAAGCAGAUGUGAAGGGGAGGAUGCCAUCUUCUGAUGGCAUUGCAGUAAUUUAAAUGCUCUGUGUCUGUGCGUGCAUGCGUGUGUGUGUGAAGUCUAAUCCAGGUGAAGGGAUCUGCUUUGGCAUCUUCCCUUUUGUAUGAAAGCAAACUCUGAUAUUCAGAUUGUUCAAGGCUUUUACGGUUGGCAUGUAUGGAAUAUUAACAGAAAAGCGUAUACCCUACCUGUAAAAAAAA